GUUUGUUUUCUUUUUUUUUGCGAAUCAAGAAAUUUCAAAUCAUUUUUGAUUAAAAUCAUUCGGAAUUUUUUUCAUCGUGUAAAUAAUAUAAAAUGCCAACCAAAUAUCUUGUUCAAAUUGGCCGCGUGGCAUUGAUCAAUUUUGGUCAAGAUGCCGGAAAAUUGGUCACAAUUGUUGAUAUUGUUGAUCAAAAUCGUGCAUUGAUCGAUGGAGCAUCAACCGGUGUUCCAAGACAAGCUAUACCAUUCAAACGAUUACGUUUGACUAAAUUUCGUUUACGUAUUCCAUAUGGUACCAGUUCGAAAAACAUACAAAAAAUUUGGAAAGAAAAUGAAAUUGAAAAAAAAUUUGGUGAAACUAAAUUGGCACUUCGUUUAAAACAACAACAAUUGAAAUCCAACAUGACUGAUUUCGAUCGAUUCAAGUUGUACAAAACUAAACAACGUUACAACCGAAUUGUUGACAAAAAAUUUGCAUUGUUAAAAUUCAAAUCGAAAAAAGCUGAAAAAGCUGGAGCUGGAUUGAGUUCAGUGUUUUCAUUCGGUCUUCAUUUAGCUGUUGUUGGUUAUUUAUAUGAUAAUCAAUCAUCAUCAUUAUCACCAAUAUAUCAUUCAUUUGGCCUUUAUCUAAUGAUAUUAAGUUUUUUUCAUUAUGGUGAAUUUCAAUCAACAUCAUUAAUCAAUAAUAAUAAUAAUUCAAUAACAAUACAAGCAUUUUUACUUGAUAAUAGUAUUGAAUAUCAUUUAGCCAUAGCUAUUUCAUUAACGGAAUUUUGUAUUGAAUCAUGGUAUUUUCCGAAUCAGAAAUUUAUAUUUCAUCCAUACCUUACAUAUACAGGAUUGAUUAUCUGUAUAGUUGGUGAUAGUUUAAGAAAAUUAGCCAUGUAUACUGCUGGUCAUAAUUUUAAUCAUAUUAUUCAAAUUGAUCAUUAUUCUGAUCAUCAAUUAAUUACCACUGGUAUUUAUUCAAUAUUUCGUCAUCCAUCUUAUGUUGGUUGGUUUUAUUGGUCAAUCGGUACACAGAUAUUAUUACAGAAUCCAAUCAGCCUGGUUGGCUAUGCAAUCGUAUCAUGGCGUUUCUUCAAACAACGUAUUCAAUUCGAAGAGAUAACAUUGAUCAAUUUUUUCGGACCAAAAUAUCUAAUCUAUAAGAAAGAAGUUCCCACUGGUCUACCAUGGAUCGAUGGUUAUUGAAUGAGCUUCUUCUUCUUCUUGGUUUUUGUAAAUUAUUUAUUGAAGAAAAAAACAACAAUGAUUGCCAAAAAACUUCUCCAUUGCCAUAU